UUGAUUAUGCCCUUAAGCAAACCCACCUCCGUCCUCCCAGCUCCCUCCUCUUCUCUUCUCUUCUCUAACGACUUUCCCACUUCUUCCCACCGUCUCCACCAUUCCUACCUCCCUCUUAUAGCUAUCCAUCAAUAUAUAACACUGGCUAUCUCGCAUGCAUCGUUCUCGUUAGAGAGGUUUGGGUUGCCGAUCGAGCAUGGAGACCGAAGGGAGUGUUGCUGUCGCCGGGAGAGCUGAGAUUGACACCAGCAAACCGUUUCAGUCCGUGAAGGAGGCCGUCGUGCUCUUCGGAGAAAGGGUCUUGGCCGGCGAGGUCUACGCCAACCGGCUUAAUGAGAUUCGAGCUGCAGCAAGCAGGAAUGUGCAUGGAGCCUCGCAACUGGGAUCUAUAAUGGCGGAGCUAGAAGAAACAAAGCAAAACCUCGAGCAGGCACGUCAAGAAAGCCUAAAGAUGGCGAGCUGCCUCACCUACCUUAGGGAAGAGCUCGAACAGACCAAGAUGGAGCUCAAGCAAUUGCAAGCUAGAGAAUCUGAGAAAAACGUCAUAGAUUCGGAGGCUGAUGAGGACCUAAAGUUUGUUGAGAAUGCAACAGAGAUUGAAAUUGAGACGCCGAUGAUGAACGAAGGGUGGGAGUUCCAAAAGAAGAGGUAUGUUACGUUCGCCAACCCUCCAUCCCUGGCCCAAGUCAUAAACACAGAAGAGCAAGCGUUGGAAGGGCAGGUUUCCGUGGAGAAGGAAACAGUGCCAAUGAAGAAGAAGAAGAAGCCAUUGAUCCCAUUGAUAAGAGCAUUUUUCGCUAAGAAGAGGAGUUAUGAAGAGGGCUCAUCACCUAAAGUUCGAGGUCCAUAAGAAAAUGUUGAAAGGGAUUCCAUAUAUAUCCAUAUCUGUGCCUAGAUAUUCGGAGGAUAGCUUCAUUUUUUUUUUCCGCAAAUUUUUCUGUCAUAUAUUUGCAGUGUCAUAUAAUUGCAGUGGGUCUUAUCAUGUUAUUGACUAUAAUAUAUCGAAAACAUACGAAAUAAACAAGGAUCUGUUCAUCAUUCAA